GGAACUCACAACAACAAAGAUUACUUGGCUAUUACGUAGAUAUUUUAAAUGUCUAUCUAUAUAUUGUAAACGUGGCAGUAUUUGAUGCAGAGAUAGUGCAUCGUAGUUCAAUCGGUUAACCGCGAUUUAUAAUCGGUCUCCGGCCUCUACAACGUCAUGGCUGACGAACCAGAAGAGAAACUGCAUAUAUCACACCCUCCAGCAGUAAAAGCUGGUGGAAUGAGAAUCGUGACGCAUGCUAGAGAGCGUGAAAAUGAAGAAGCGCAUGAGCCAGAAAUUUCGACGCAAGCUGGAGAGAUCAAUCAUAAUUACGGAGUUGUGCCACAUGAUCUUAUCGCCAAGGAUGAACUGAAGUUUCAUGAUAAAGGCAUUAAAUUCCGUCAGGAUAAGCCUACACCAAAAGUUACGAAGUCACAUGACGAUGGUUGUUCACAUCGGGUUAUCCAACAACCAUUAAAAUAAAAGCCUUCUAUCUUAAAAGAAAUGUAUUUUCUUGUAAUUUCUUUUUCGUAAAUAAAACAAAUCAGUAAUAUCC